AUGGCCAACCACCAGUACAUCGAGUUGAUCAUCCAGUUCAUGGUGACCAACAACCACUCGGACUUUGACUUCAAGGUGCCCUUCGUCAAGCCCUCCCUGCGCUACGUCUACCCCUUCCUCAUCUUCCUCCACGUCGUCAUCUGUCUCGUCGGCGUCGUCGGCAACACCGCCAUCGUCGUCGUCAUCGCCAAACGUCGUCUGUACCAGGACCAAACGUAUUUUUUAUUGGCCAACCUGGCCUUCUCUGACCUGAUCAAAUGUUUGGCCGUGCUGCCCAUAAGUCUGGCCAACUUCCUGAUACAGAACUGGCUCUUUGGCAGCUUUUUGUGUUUCUUCCUGCCCAUGUUGCAGUGUUUCCCUGUACAUGCAUCUAUGCUGACAUACCUGACCAUCGCUAUAGACAGGUAUCGACUGAUAGUCCACCCCUUCAAGAGCCGAUUACCAGCUGGGCUGUGUGUGAUCGCCGUGUGGGUUGGCUCCGUGUGUGUGGUGCUGCCCUACGCCAUCUACAUCAAGUACAUCGAUCUCGGCGCCUCUCUAGGUGACGAUUUUGUCGGUGUGGGCAUCUGCUUCGUGUUUGGUGAGCGGCGUAUCGAGGAAUACCUACGGGCCAUGUUCGUCACCCUCUACGCCAUGCCCCUGGCCGUCAUGGCUCUCCUGUACGUCCGCGUAUCCGCCGAGUUCAAAUCCAGGGAGACGUCCUUCAUCUCGGUCCACUUCACGCAGAACAUCACCAGCGCGGACCCGGACCAGGACCGCGCCAACCGGAUCAGCCCGCCGUGGCCCGCGGUCGAAAACUACAAAACCACCAUCAUCCAAGCGGCGCCCCCGGCGUCGGUAGACGCCCCGCCGGCGUUUUUCAACAACGGCACGGGCGUGACGGUCCCCCCGCCCAGGUCUGAGUUCCCGGAACGUGCUCACUCCCAGCGCUACCAGCGCAGCCCGACCUGCAGCGGCGACGGCAGCAGCACCGCCAGCAGCCACCACCACCACCACCACCACAGACACAUCAAGUCCACCCACGCUAGCCGCGCGGCCCACGUCACGGAAGACGAGCUCGACAUCGAGAAGGAGAAGCGGGCCCAGAACUACCUCAUCACCAUGACGACGCUGUUCGGCAUCUGCUGGUGCCCGCUGCACAUCCUGUUCCUGGUCACCUUCUUCGUGCACGAGACCAACGCCAACACCGACCACUACGACAUCACCUACAUCCUCUUCGCCUGGUUCGGUUUCCUCUCCACCUGUACCACCCCCGUCCUGUUCGCCUCCUGGAGAAUGUCGGACGCCACCAAGGACCGGCUCCGGGGCUACUUCCGGUUCAGCAACCGGCCCCGCACCUCCAACUGUUCUCAGAACCAAAGGUUCCAGUCUAGAUUUGUAGACGAGCGCCAACACAACCAUUGCGAGGAGAGGAUGAUCAUGACUUGCAGGAACUCGGAGCACUACGGCUGUGACUCGGUCUGA